AUGUCGGUCGUAUCGCUUCUCGGCGUCAAAAUCCUCAACAACCCUGCCACCUUCACCUCUCCCUACCAGUUCGAAAUCACUUUUGAGUGUCUCGAGCAGCUGCAGAAGGAUCUGGAAUGGAAAUUGACAUACGUCGGGUCCGCUACUUCCUCUGAGUAUGACCAGGAACUUGACUCUCUGCUCGUCGGUCCCAUCCCGGUCGGAACCAAUAAAUUCAUCUUCGAGGCCGACGCGCCAGACCUGAAGCGCAUUCCCCCCUCUGAGAUUCUCGGUGUAACUGUCAUCCUUCUCACCUGCAGCUAUGAUGGCCGUGAAUUCGUUCGCGUUGGCUACUAUGUCAAUAAUGAGUACGACUCGGAGGAGCUGGCUGCCGACCCCCCAGCCAAGCCCGUGAUCGAGCACAUCCGUCGCAAUGUCCUGGCUGAGAAGCCCCGUGUGACCCGCUUCGCUAUCAAAUGGGAUACCGAUGAGUCUGCUCCCGCCGAGUACCCUCCUGACCAGCCGGAAGCCGAUAACCUUGAUGAUGAUAGCAAUACCUACGGCCAAGAAGAGCGCGAGCUUGAGGCCGCUCUGGUUAGAGAGCUCGAGGAGUCCAAUAAGCCCGCUGAUGGUGAAGACCAGGAGAUGGAGGGUGCCGAGGGCACUGCCGGCAAGGAGGAUGAGGAGGAUGAUAUAUCCGACGCUGGAUCCGAGGACCUCGAGGAAGAGAGCGAUGAUGAUGACGAUGAUCUAGAUGAGGAGGAGGGUGGUGAAGCUGGGGAGGGUGACGAAGAUGUUGAGAUGGGUGACGACGCCGACCAGAAACACCAGCCCCAGCCCGAGGUCAUGGUCCACUAG